CAAGGGGAAGGUAGAGGAUUGAAUCAAACGAGGGUCAAUAACUUGUUCGUGUAGCUGUAGUUAUAACGGUUUAUAACAAUUUGGCCUCACUUGUACCUCUGCAGACAGACAACAGUGUAACAAACCGUAGCUAACAGCCUGCGGACAGCCAUGGACGACGUGACAGGAGCUCAACUGAUAGCUGAGUCUCUGAAGGCUCAGAAAGUGGAGUACAUGUUUGGGAUCGUUGGCAUUCCUAUCAUGGAAGUGGCCAUGGCUGCUCAGGCUGAAGGGAUCAAAUAUGUGGGAAUGCAUAAUGAACAAGCGGCAUGCUAUGCAGCAUCUGCUGUUGGAUACCUCACUGGAAGACCAGGUGCCUGCCUGGUGGUGUCUGGACCUGGACUCAUUCAUGCUCUGGGUGGAAUGGCCAACGCUAACAUCAACUGCUGGCCAGUGGUUGUUAUUGGAGGCUCCUCGGAUCGAAACCAGGAAACAGCAGGAGCCUUUCAGGAGUUUCCUCAGGUGGAAGCAUGUCGCCUUUAUAGCAAGUUCUCUGCAAGGCCCAGCAGUCUGGAAGCCAUCCCCUCAGUGAUAGAGAAGGCAGUUCGCACAAGCAUGUAUGGGCGUCCAGGUGCUUGUUAUGUGGACAUUGCAGGGGAUAUGGUCAAUGCUAAAGUGGACAGGAGCACAGUCAGAGUUGUGUCCUGCUGUCCAGCUCCACCAGUCAGUGUGGCUCCCCACGGUGCAAUCACUGAAGCCAUCUCUGUCUUGAAAGCAGCUAAAAGACCAUUAGUCAUCAUCGGCAAAGGAGCAGCCUAUGGUCGAGCAGAAACUGCUCUGAGGGAGUUUGUGGGAAUAAGCGGUCUGCCAUUUUUGCCUACCCCUAUGGGGAAAGGGGUCCUACCUGAUGAUCAUCCCAACUGUGUGGCUGCUGCCCGCUCGAGAGCUCUUCUCCAGGCUGACGUUGUGCUUCUGCUUGGAGCCAGGCUGAAUUGGAUCCUGCAUUUUGGUCUGCCACCUAGAUUUGACCCCGGUGUCAAGAUCAUCCAGGUUGACCUUUAUGCUGAGGAGAUGGGGAACAACGUGAAACCUGCUGUUGCUCUCCUGGGAGACGUCAACGCUAUUGUCACUGAGCUCCUAGAGGGUGUGCAUAAAGAUGGCUGGAAAUAUCCCUCUGACACAGAGUGGUGGAGCACACUGAAGAACAAAAUCGCUGCUAAUGCAAAAAUAUCUAAGGCACUCGCUCUUCAGUCAACGAUGCCCAUGAACUACUACACAGUGUUUCACCACAUUUCCCAGCUGCUGCCACAUGACUGUAUCAUUGUCAGCGAGGGUGCAAACACUAUGGAUAUAGGACGCACUAUGUUGAACAACUACCUACCUCGACACAGGUUGGAUGCUGGAACAUUUGGAACAAUGGGAGUUGGCCUUGGCUUUGCUAUAGCUGCGGCCGCUGUGGAGAGGAGCGAGAAUAAAAACCAAAGGAUAGUGUGUGUGGAAGGAGACAGUGCCUUUGGAUUUUCUGGCAUGGAGGUUGAAACCAUGUGCAGGUAUAAUCUGCCUGUGGUCAUCAUUGUGGUCAACAAUAAUGGUAUUUACAGCGGAGUGGAUGCUGAGACGUGGAAAGAAAUGGCAAAAAUGGGAGAUCUGACCUCUAUAGCCCCUCCUGUGACCCUGCUACCUGAGGCGCGCUAUGAUGAGGUCAUGACAGCAUUUGGAGGUCGAGGCUUCCUGGUGAGGACGGUGGAGGAGCUGCGCAGUGCUUUGCAGCUUAGCCUGAGUGACUGGGAGAAACCAAGUCUCCUAAAUGUGCUCAUUGACCCGUCCUCCGACAGAAAACAGCAGAUUGGUUUAACUUGGCCCGUCAGCACAGCGCAGCAGGGAUAUCUGUCUCCAUUACAACAUGGCUACCUGCUUGAAGGUGUAUCUUCAACUGAUGAUGGCUUGUCUUGAGUGAUGAAGCAGCAGGCAUAUUCCUGGCUAAAGUCCCCUGUUAUCCCUGCAGCAAGUGUUUUUCCAUCACACAGCACAGCAGGUAAAAGAAGUUUACUUGUUGGAAGUGAGCUGUUUGCAGAGGUGCCCUAGGAGUCUGAUGUCAUCAGCUCUUCAUCUAACAUCUCACCAGCUGAUUCUACUUUUACUCAUCCUCCCUACCGUAUGAGUUAGAUCCACCCCUCGCACCACCCUCUCAGCCAAAUAUGGUCGUUUCUGGCUCUAAAAAACAAGAUGGUGACGGUGGAAAUGCCGAAUUCAAGGCUUCAAAACAGCAGUCCACAAACCAGUGGGUGGUGUCACAGGAGCUACGUCCAUUAUUAGAUACAAUCUAUUGUAAUAACAGUAAUAACAGGCAGGGAAUCCACAAAAUCAAUCCUGUGCAAAUGUCACACCCCCUGGUGGUUAAGGAUGUAAUUGAUGCUGUAACUGCACUUUACUGCUGCUUUUACACUGUUGUGUGUCGGUGUUUCUCCAACAUCGUCAAUGCCUCAACUCAGGGAGCUGAGACUUCCUCUGGCGAAGAUUAAAUCAUAAUGAUUUAAUCAGGUCCUCAUUCUCUAGGAGGCCUGGAACCUCCACUGGAUAAAUGUUGAGGGGUUUCCUGUCUGAAUCCAAAUGUCCAGGCUUAUGUGCACUCGCAGAUUUGGCGACCUUAUGGGCAUGCACAGGGCCUAAAGCUGCCUAAAUCCACAAUUUAUGCACAGUUUUUGCAGACUUCCAGAGAACUGGAUUAAAAGGUCAAGAACUUGGCAUUGGUCAUAAGAAUUGAGACCUUAAGUCUUGUCUCAUACCACUUUGUUUCCCUCAGCCCUUUCAGACAUGAAGUGAUGACAGUGAGCCCUUUUGACACGUGACAGUAUAUGUGACCAAAGGCAGCCCCUGUUUUAUUUUCACCUGGUGCCCACCAAGUUGAAGUUGAGAUGGACAAUGACUCGAAUGACACUGACGGCCGCAGCAGCAAAGCCAGGCGCAAUUAAAAGCUGCAGCAUCUCGGGUCACGAGUCGUGUAGAGCAACAGACAACUUGAUGUUUACUUGGCUCUUGUCUCAUCCUCGUAGCGCUGUGUGAAUGACGUGCCUCACUCAAUAGUAAUCCGCGCACUCCAGGUGCACUCUCACAAUCCCUCCACCUCACACCAACCUGACCUUUCUAUUUCAGGGUCCCCAUAAUUAGAAAGCAUGGCCCUCUGUGUUUAUGUUGAAUGUAUCCACGCAACCACUCGCAGACAUGUUUGAAGGUUGUAUUGAGGACUGUAUCCAUGGUGCUAAGCUCUCUGUCCCCUUAUUUGAGGUGUUUGACUCCAGACUGUUCUCCACAUUCAGUCUCAGUGGAUGAAGAUGAACUCAGGUUUAAACUCAGGUCUAAUAUAAUGCUGUGUUGUCUGC